ACAAAUCGAUAUUGAUUAAAAUAACAGUGAAAGCUUCUGUGUCUGCAAUAUCGCUAAAGUAAAAUGAGUGCUACAUUAGUGAAUAUAGCUGAGGAGGAUUUUUUCGGAACGGUCAUACGGUAUGGUUUGUACGUUGGAGCGAUUUUUCAAAUGGUUUGCCUAGCAGCCUGCAUCGUCCUGCCUGAUUCUUCCGGUGCAAAUGGUGACCCGGGAAGCUGGUCGCCGAAAAACAAUGACAGUGAAGAUUCGAGCUCGGAACAUUCAUCACCACAAAACACUCCUAGAAGACCAUACCAUCGUAGCCGUAAGCAGGACAAGAAGAAGCGUCGUUAAAGCUUCGCCGAUUUGGCAAAGAAGUUAUUAGCAAGAAUUCAGCUUCGACAACAUUCCUAUGCUGGCCCUGCAUCGUGUGAGAUGUUUUGUUUUUUAACUUCCUAUGGUUAUUGUAGAGAACAGCUUUUGGUAACUUCAACUGAUCAACUUUACAAAACAAGAUCUCUCAGUGUGUACUUAAUGAUGUGCUAGAAAUUGCUACUCUUACCAUUCUAGAAACCCACUAGCAAACGGGGCUAAAUGUAAUAUUGUAUUUAUUGUGAACACAUUAAACAUUGUACUUCAACUAUGUAA